ACAUCACUAGAAAAUACCACAACUACAUAUCCUCUCUCUCUCUCUCUACAGAAAAACCCUAAAACCUCGAUCUUGCCGGACUUCAUUUCCGGUGAACGCUGGUGUCCGAGUCAGCGCCUUUUUCUCUCAUUCCGAACGGGGAACUACGACUUGGAUCUGGCUCCGGGAGGCAUUUCCUGGGUGAGAAAAUCGGUUUCUAGGGCGAGAAAGCGGAGGGAUUGGAGUAGCGAAGCGCGAGACUGAGGGAGAGAAAUCGGAGCGAGAUGUACAAGAACCAGCUUCAGGAGCUGGCGCAGAGGAGCUGUUUCAAUCUGCCGUCAUACACGUGCAUCAGAGAAGGUCCUGAUCACGCGCCUAGGUUCAAGGCCACCGUUAACUUUAACGGCGAGAUCUUCGAGAGCCCUAACUACUGCACCACUCUGCGGCAAGCCGAGCACUCCGCCGCUGAAGUCGCCCUGAACUCGCUUUCUAACCGCGGUCCCUCGCACUCGCUCGCCGCCAGGAUUCUGGAUGAGACGGGAGUGUACAAGAACCUUUUACAGGAGAUUGCACAAAGAGUAGGAGCACCAUUGCCUCAAUACACAACUUUCAGGUCAGGCCUUGGGCACCUACCUGUUUUUACAGGUACAGUAGAAUUGGCUGGAAUCACAUUCACAGGGGAACCUGCAAAGAAUAAGAAACAGGCAGAGAAGAAUGCUGCAAUGGCAGCUUGGUCAUCUCUAAAACAAUUGGCAAAAGAGGCUGCAAGUUCAUCAUCUGAGACAGAGAACAAUGAUGAGCUGGAGCAGAUCACAAUAGCACGAGCACUAUUGAAUUAUCGGCUGAAGGAAAAGAUGGCAAUAGCAAACUCCCCUAGUGGCACGUUGUCUUUCCCAAAGAAAUUUCCAAUUCAGAGUUCAAGAUUGUUUAGUCCUCAGCUGCCUCCUGUUGCCACAUCAAAAAUUCUCCCUUUAAUCUGCCAAAAGACACCUCCUCGAAACAGACCUCCAUCACCAACUGCAAAUGAUGGUUCUAUGCCAUCAUCACAGCCACGAAGCAGACCCACGUCAACAACAUCAAGUGAGAACCCAGUGCCACCAUCACAGCCUCUAGCACUGGACGUUCGUGCAGUCCGCCCCCAGAGAUUCCCUGCAGCAGGGGCAGUUCCUUAUGUUCCUAUCCGGCAGUUUAGGACACCUUAUCAUGGGAUUGCACCACCAGUGACAAUAAGGAAUGCUGUUCCUGUUUUCUCUGCACCACCUUCUGGGCUGCCCCCUCAGGUGAUUCGGGCUCCGCAUAUGCGAAUUGCCCCACCAGUUUGUGUUAGGCAAGCUGUUCCAGUUUUUGCUGCUCCACCAGUACGAAAAGAAGAUCCUCUAGUUGUUCGAAAAGAAGAUCCAUCAGCUGCUUCAUUGCCUUCCCUGCCAACUAAAUCACCAGCUCAUGUAGAGGAAACUGGAAGUGCAACUGCCAAUGACCUGCAAGAAUUUCAAGCAGUAAAGAGCUUGGAACAACUAAAGAUAUGAUGGCGGUUGGGUUGGGUAGGACUUAAAUCGACAAGGAAUUAUAUUAUGGUCUUGUGUUGGUUUUCAGGUUUUUUGCCUUCUUUUUUUCAUCUUAUUAUAUGAGUGCGCUUCAACCCCCUCUUUAUUUGCUAGUUCUUUGUUUUGUUAAAGCUACGUUGUUCGCAGGUUAAAUUAGCAUCGGCAAUCUUUAAUCGUUGCAAUUCAAGAGCAGCUGCACCGCAAAUGCUCUAUAGCUUAUUGUGAUUUAUACUUUUAUCAUGUAUGCAUGUUGGUCAUAUCAUUUUAUAGUAGAGCCGAUUUAGUAUCCAUAAAGUGUUUGUUCACACCUGGGGUUCCUUCCAUGCUGUAACGCAGCUUUCUAUGGUCGGUCAUGGGCGUGUAAGGGGAAAUUGGAAUUAGUUUCUGUAAUGUAAUUUCCUCAAUACUGGGAUCAUAUAACUUCUUAGGAUGGGGGAUUGUGACUCUGUACAGAUAAGAUAUUAGUGAUAAUCUUAUGGUGGCUACAACUUGGUUUCUC